AUGACAUCUUCGGCCUUGGGGAUCCUGGAAGCCGUAUUCCUGCCUGAAAUUCUCGAGGAGUCUAACAUGAUCCAUAUCCAUAGGCCUGCUCGACAACGUCCCCUCAGUCGGUAUUGCUCGCAAGUUCCUAAAGAUUUGUUUCAGCUCGUCGCGCUUGCGAUGAGUCAAAUCGUUCCACUUUGGUCUCAGCGAAAGAGGAUGUCCGGAAAGUACUGCGUCUUCUCCAUUAAUAAUCCUGUGAUCUGUUGGGCUUCCGAUAACGGCAAAGGUUCCUCGUGCGGCGGAGGAGUAGGAACCCGAAAGUUAUCCAUCGGAUUCAAUGCAAUUGUCGAGGCUUCCCGCGCCCUUGCUUCACGUCCUUGUGUUGUUGUGGUCGAUGAGUCUCUCAAAUCUCCCCCUGCCAUCGCUUCCUAG